UUCGUCUCGUAGCCGAAGCGGGCAAAAAAAAGCUGAAACCUUUUGAUCAAAGUUAAAGUCUUUUUGUAUAUCUGUGAGUACCCAACUGAGAGUAACUUGUGUCAGAGAUGUCGAUGAAUUCAAGUCCCCAUUUUUACCCAACAGCCGUCACCACGACGACAACUACUUCGGUCGGAAGCACUUCCCUCCGAUUCUUAAGGUACAGCUCAUCAAUUUCACUCUGGUCCCGUAACGGUGAUGUAAGGAGACUCGGUUUCUCUUCUAUGAAGAAGGUCAAAAGAUUAUCGUGUAAUGGUAGCAGGGAUGAGCAUUGGAACAGAACACAGAAAGGAGAUAGAUUUUUAGAUUUAAGCGUAAAGAGUAAUAAUAAUGAGAAGGGUAGUACAAUGGAGAGGAUUGUGGAGAAACUGAAAAAGAUUGGAUUUGUGGAGGAACAAGAGAAAGAGAGAAGGUUUGUGGAGGAAGAAGAGAAUGUGAGAGUAGGUGGUAAAUUCUCGGAGGAGACGACACCGUUUGGUGUUUAUGGAGGUGGUAACGGAGAAGUUAAGUUUCCUUGGGAGAAAGUAAGUUCUAAGGAGAAGAAGAAGGAGGAGGAGGAGGAGGAGCUAGUGAAUGGAGUGUGGACAGCGAAGAAGGAGAGUAGAUACUCGUUAGCAGAGAUGACUCUUCCGCAAGCGGAGCUGAAUCGGUUGAGGAAUGUGAUGUUUAGAACUAAGAGCAAGAUGAGAGUUAAGGGUGCAGGUGUUACUCAGGCUGUGGUUGAUGCUAUUCAGGAGAAGUGGAAGAGCUCAGAGAUUGUUAGACUCAAGAUCGAAGGUACUAAUGCGCUCAACAUGAGACGGAUGCAUGAGAUUCUGGAGAGAAAAACUGGUGGUUUAGUGAUUUGGAGAUCAGGGACUUCCAUAGCCUUGUACAAAUACAAAAGUGACACUUACAGGGAUGCAUCAGUGCAAAUGAACAAGCAAAUAUAUAGAAGAGCAGAGACAUCACUCUCUUCCUUACGUACAAGUAGAGUGGAUCAUAGAAUUGAACAAGUGCAUCAUCCUCAGCUAGAGGAAGAGGCAACAAAUGUUGGAAAUGAAGACAGGACAUUUCAUCAAGAAGUAGAAUAUGAAGAUGAAAUAAAUGAAUUGUUAGAGGGUCUUGGUCCUCGAUACACAGACUGGCAGGGAGGUUAUCCAUUACCGGUUGAUGCUGAUUUGCUUCCAGGGGUCGUUCCUGGUUACGAACCCCCUUUCAGGGUUCUUCCUUAUGGAGUCAGAUCAACUCUGGGACAAAAGGAGGCUACUUCUUUAAGGAGACUUGGCAAAGUUCUUCCUCCACACUUUGCUUUAGGUCGAAGUAGACAGCUGCAAGGCUUGGCAACAGCCAUGGUUAAGUUAUGGGAGAAGAGUUUGAUUGCUAAGGUUGCCCUUAAACGUGGUGUACAAUUGACUACCAGUGAGAGAAUGGCUGAUGACAUCAAGAGAUUGACGGGAGGUAUGCUGCUCUCUAGGAACAAAGACUCCUUGGUUUUCUACAGAGGAAAGAGUUUUUUGUCACCAGAAGUAGCUGAAGCAUUGGUGGAGAAGGAGAGACUUGCAAGGACAUUCCAAGACGAAGAGGAACAGGCACGUCUAAGAGCAUCAUCGGGUCUGGUUGUCCCACGUGUUAAAGCUGAUCAAAACCUUGUUUCUACCGGUACUCUUGAAGAAACUCUUGAUGCAGCAAGUAAGUGGGGAAGGAAUCUAGAUGACGAUGAUCACGUGGAAGAAGUGAAACAAGAAGCUGAGAAACUGAGGUCUGCAAAUCUUGUCAGGAAGUUGGAAAGGAAACUUGCUUUUGCCGAGAAAAGGUUGAUGAAAGCUGAACGGGCACUAGCUAAAGUAGAGGAAUCUCUGAAGCCAUCAGAGCAUAGAGCAGACACUGAGGACAUAACUGAGGAAGAGAGAUUUAUGUUUAAGAAGCUCGGGUUGAGGAUGAAAGCUUUCUUACUUCUUGGGCGAAGAGGGGUGUUUGAUGGAACUGUGGAGAACAUGCACUUGCACUGGAAAUACAGGGAGCUAAUCAAAAUUCUAGUGAAGGCUAAAACUUUUGAGGGUGCGCAGAAAGUGGCAUUGGCCCUUGAAGCUGAGAGUGGAGGUAUCCUGGUUUCAGUAGACAAGGUUUCCAAAGGAUAUGCCAUUAUCGUGUUUAGAGGAAAAGACUAUAAGCGUCCUUCCGAGUUAAGGCCUAAAAACCUCUUGACAAAGAGGAAAGCUUUGGCACGUUCUAUUGAGCUCCAAAGACGCCAGGGUAUUAUAAAACACAUUGCGGUGGUACAGGCGAGAGUAGAGCAGUUGAGAGCUGAAAUCGAACAAGUGGAACUUGUAAAAGACAAGGGAGAUCAAGUGUUAUACAACAAGCUUGACAUGGCUUAUUCUUCCAGCGACGAGGAGACCGAAGAGACAGAUGGAGAAGGAGAUGACAUCUAUUUAGAUGCAUACGAAGAGGAGGAAGAGGAUGGUGAAGAAGGUGGGAUUCAGGCCAAGGGUUCACUAUCUGAUGUUGAUUUUGAUUCAGAUGAUGAAGACUGGGAUUCAGAUGAACUGGAAACUGAGUUUGAUGAUGAUUCUGCAUCAUCCGCAACACCGGAAGCAACCUUUGAAGAUCUGCAGAAUGAGGAACGUCAUAAGAGGUAA